AUGGCGCCCAAGAAGAAGCGCGUGACGAGCUUAGGGCGCCGACUGGGUGAAGGUGCAGAGCCGCAGCCGUCGGAACGCGCGCAAUACCUACAGCGCGAGUACACGUUGCUCUCCGAGCAGCUGGACGCCUGCGAGGGGCGCGUGGACCAGGUGCUACAGGAAAACAUCUUCCUGGACCGCGAGGCAGGGCGCUUGCGCGAGGAGAAUCGGCUUUACGCCAGUUUUGUAAACACACGCGCGCAGCGCUGUGCCAACGCCGUCCUGCGGCUAGACGAGCAGAACCGCGUGGAUCUGGGGCAGAUCCAUUGGGAGCGGUCAGAACUAGCGUCUCUGUACCAGGGGCGCGAGGAUGGGGUGCGUGCGCAGCUGCUGGAGAUGCAGGCGCGUGCAGCGCAGAUGGCGCAGCAGGUGCAGGAGCUGCAGCCUUACAAGGAGCUGCAGCUGGAGCAGCUGGCCAGGAUCCGGACGCUGGAGCGCGAGCUGCUGCACAUGCGCGUGGAGCACACGCAGCUGCUCCACCGCGUGAAGCGGCGCUUUCUGGAGGAAAAGGCAGCCUGCGAGCGUGAGGCUCGCCAGCGCGUGCAGUCUCUGGCCAGGCGCGCGGAGCGGGAGGCGACGCGCGCGCUCAUCACACAUACGCAGGCCAUCAAAGCAGACAAUGGGCGCCUGAGGCAGGAGCUGUUGCGGCUUCUCAGCAGGGCCCAGCUGCUGCACAAUAUGCGGCACCAGCUGCUUCAGCAGCGUGAGCAGCUGCGUCGUGAGCACGAAGAUACGCGGGACCUGGCGCGCGUGCACGGCUGGCUGCGCAGGAGCCCCGACGGCCCGCCGCUCUGGCAGCCGCCCGUCUCUUCCCAAACCUCCUCGCGCCCAGAAUCAAACGCCGUCACCGCGAGGGGCCGGUCGCGCGGAGCCUCCCGGGCCUCUGUGGUCCGAUCGCGCGCUGCCUCCCCAGCCACAUCGGUGGACUCGUCACGCGUAGCCUCCCAGCCCCCGUCCAGGUCCUGUGCGCUUUCUCGCGUAUCAUCGUUGGUCCCUUCGCUAGCCACUUCGAAGGCAGGUUCCCGGGUCGCAUCUCUGACCCUGUCGUCAGCGAGCUCCAGGACCUGGUCACUGGCGAGGUCACAUGAGGGGUCUCGGAUCUCUACGCACUCCUCCUUGCCUGCGGCCUCACAGGACACUCUCCCCUCAGCAAAGUUCAACCCCAAGCUUCCCUCCAGUCGGUUCGGGGACCCCCCUCCUCCCACCUCACAGUCGGAGAAUGUGGACGCCGACGCGGCAUCCGGAGGCGCGGGGCGAGACUGA